AUGGACGCCUUCAACACCGUGCUGCGGUUCUUAUUGAACCAAAAGGCCACUAUCGGCUACAGCUUCUUGGCGAUCUUGACCAUUGGCGGCGAGCUGAUCUUCUCCAUGGUCUCCUUCGAGUGCCCGUGCAACCGGACGCAGAACUUUUCGUACGGGAUCACCUUCCUGCUGGGUCCGGCCUUGGUGCUGCUGGUGCUGGGGUUCUUCUUCAGCGCGCGCAUGUGGAGGCUCUUCACCGGCUGCUGCCUGAACCCACGCAAGCUCUGCCCCCGGGGGAACUGCCUGCGCUGCACGGGCAUCCUCCUGAAGGUCACCUGGGGUGCCUGCAUUGCUCCCGUGAUGUGGCUCUGCGUGGCUCUGCUCAACGGCACCUUCUACGAGUGCGCCAUCAGCGGGCUGGACGACAACCUGGUGGUAGACCACUUCUGUCAGAACAAGACGCUGAGGUGCCGGGCGGAGUUGGCCCGCGUCCCCUGCCAGAGGUCCAAGCUCCCCGAGGACGAGAGCAAAGAGCUCCUGCUCAUGUUCCGAGCGCAGUCUCAGGUCCUGGGCUGGUGCAUCAUCACUGCGGCUGCGGUAGCAGGGCUGUUGGCGGCCUGCUGCAAGAACUGCCGCUCCCGGGUGAGUUACCUGCAGCUCACCUUCUGGAAGCGCUACAUGGAGAAGGAGAGGGAGAACUUUGAGGUCUUUGCCUCGGAUUGUGCCGACAAGCUUGCAAAGCGCAACCUCAAGAGCUUUUUUGAGAACAGCAACCCAGACAUAUUCCCAUUCCCCAACCACAAGUCCUGGGAGGCGAUAUCAAGCCUUUACACCUUCAGCCAGGGCGAGCAGUAUUACAGCACACUGCAGUGCUACGUGGAGCGCUCAGACCGAGACUACAGCCCAGAGAAGAGGCCAGUGCUGGUCUUUGAGGAUGGCAUGGAGAUGGUCUGA